AUGUGCUGUGCAUCUUGCUAUUGUUGCAGGGAUUGGAUCACAGUAGAAGUACCUUCUGGGAACGAGAUCGGCUAUGUGCAGCAAAGAUCCGGCUGCAAACUCAACUUCAACGUGUACGAGCAGAACUCUAAGUUCGCCUAUAUUAUAGGACCAGGUUGCUGUGGAUGUGGAUGCUGCACUUGUUGUUUUCCUGAGAAAACUUUCACGAUAUAUUCGCAGAGUGACGGUUCACAGAUAGGUGCGAUAACAAAGGUAUUCGGUGGUAUGCUAAAGGAAUAUUUGACUGACGCGGAUACGUUCAGAGUUACAUUUCCUACUGACAUGGCUGUGACUGCAAAAAUGAUUCUUAUUGCUGCUGUUUUCUUAAUCGAUUUCCUUGCAUUCGAAGAGAACGCAGGAAAGAAAAAGAAAUAG